ACACACACACACACACACACUCACAGAGCAAACACACCCACAUGAGCGCAGCAGUCUGACUCAGGAGAAUCAGGAAGAUGAAGCUGUGAGUCGACGUCCGGCAGCUCCUUCAUGCCUCCGGGAUCUCGGCGCUCUGGUCAACAUCACGGUGACAUCACGGUGACAUCACAGCCGCACCGCAGGAAUGGGAAGCUACGCUGACCAGACGGACAAAUACAUGCUGAACGGGGCUCCUGUAGGUGCUGCCGCUCCCGACAUCCAGGACAUGGAGCUGAGGGAGGAGUGGCAGGACGAUGGCUUCCCCAGACCACUCCCAGAGGACUGUGGGAGUCCGGACGAGGAGACGGAGAGCCCGGCGAGUGGCGAGAAGCAGCCAGCUCCGCCCACCACCCUGGCCCUAUCAGGAGCGGCAGGGGGCGGGGCUAAGAAGCGGCUGCCCGUCCCCGCCCUGCUGAUGCGCAGCCGGACCGACUCGAGCCGCGAGUCCGGGGACGGCUUCUCUGCCGCCGGCCUGUCGCCCGAUGAGACGCCGUCCUUCGACAUCAACCUGGAGGCGCUGGAGACGCCGUCCGACAGCGAGACGGGCACGCUGCCCGACAGCAGCCACGACCUGGAGUGGGAUGAUGACCUUCCCCGGCUGCGGCGGGGCGGGGGCGUGGCCAGGAGCCCGGGGGCGGAACAAACGGAGAUGGGCCUGGUGGAGCUGGACCAGGUGGACAGCAGUGGGCGCCGCUGGAGGAAGUUCUGCAUCUCAGGUCACGAGUACAACGUGAACAUGAGCGUGCUGGAGCCCUACCUGCAGGUCCUGUCGCACGGAGGUUACUAUGGAGACGGGAUGAACGCCAUCAUCCUGUUCUCUGCCUGCUACCUGCCAGAGAGCACGGUGGAGGAGUACGAGUACGUCAUGGACCACCUGUUCAGGUACAUGGUGGGCACUCUGGACCUCAUGGUGUCAGAGAACUACCUGCUGGUCCUGCUGUGCAGCGUGGCUCCCAGGAACAAGCUGCCCUCCAUCAGGUGGCUGCACCAGUGCUACACCUCCAUCCACCGCAGGCUGAAGAAGGACCUGAAGGGGCUGCUGGUGGUUCAUCCUGCCUGGUACAUCAAGAUGAUUCUGACUGUGGUCAAACCCUUCAUCAGUGAGAAGUUCAGCAGGAAGAUUCGGUUCAUCCACAGCCUGCAGGAGCUCUCAGAGUUCAUCCCCACCGACAGACUGCAGAUCCCCGACUGCGUCAGACAGUUCGACGAGCAGACGAACAGAUGAGGAUCAGACACAGCGGACGCACCAUGGAGGUCAAAGGUCGGGCUGCCGCUGAACUUCCUUUCUGCACAGGAAACAGAAAAAAAACUCUUCUUCUGGAUUAUUUAUAUUUGCUCUGACUGGCGGGACUGGUUUUCUCCAUGUGGAGCCUCCGGGCUCCCGUACGGCCACGCUCUCGUGGCCUUUCUAUGUGGUGUGUUUCUGCGGCUCCAUGCACACUGAGGGAGCGAUCGCAUGUAUUGAUCAUAACUGAUAUGUGACAUAUUGGGAAUAACUGAUAUGUGUAUUGAUCAUGCAUAAACAGGUGGGUUGAAGGAAGUGAUCAUGGAUUAAAGUCGACUGUGACUUUAAACGACACAACUGAGGAACUUCUUUUCUAACGAGCCGUCUUCAUCAGUAAUGAGCUGCUGGCUGCUGAUUGGCCGGCAGCCUUGUGGCCAAUCAGCCUUCCCGCCCCUGCAGUGUUGCUGAGCUGACAUUUAAACUUAUCCUUUUAAUAAUUAUGAUAAUGGUUUUCUUGUGAUUUUUGUUUUUCCUUCAAAAACAUGAGGGAAAGGUGAUGAGUAAGUCAGCAAGAAAUGACCCGAACAAUGUCAAGGUCAGAUCAGUGAUUCUGCAUCAGAUUUCUGUGUUUAAAUUCCCCUGAAAGGCAUUUACAUCAUUCUUCAUUUUGGUGAGGACCCCUACUUGUUUAUUUUAUUUUAUUUUAUUUUAAUUAGCCUACUGUUGCUAGUUUUUUUUUUCCUUUUUCUUAUUUUUUGGGCUUAUUUCACCGUUUUUCCAAGCAAAGUCCCCUGAUUUCCUUCCAAAACAUGAGGGAAAGGUGAUGAGUAAAUUAGCAAGAAAUGACCUGAAAGCUAGCAAAUUCUGA